AUGAUCCGAGACAACAAUUUUGCCGAAGUGUGGAAGCAGUUGUGCGAGCAGUUUGAAAACAAGCGCGUCAUCGUCGACACCCACAUCGACGGUUUGAUGCAGCUGAAACCAGUAGUGAAGGGCAACUUCAAGGACUUAUUGGAGCUGACGAAAUCCUGUGAGCGUCAUGUCGCUGGGCUGGAGUACCAGGGCCUGGCGGUGGACGAGCUAUCCGGAAUCAUCAUCACGAAGCUGUUGACAUCCCGUCUGGACGAUCACUCCCUGCAGCUGUGGGAACGGCGGCAGAAACACGAACUUCCUUCGCAACCCUCUGAGUCCGAAACCCCUCCAUUGAAGAGUUCCGCCAAGGUAGCUACCGAAGCAGGCGCAAUUCCAAAUACCGUUCCGUCACCAAACGCCAAUCCCUCGUGUUCCUGCAACCAUUCGAAUACCACGAAGACUGGGAUGCUGUUGACUGCUGUCGUCAAUCUUGAGAGUGCCGAUGGUGAGUUAGUCCCUUGUCGUGCAAUGCUGGAUAGUGGUUCCCAAGUAUGCUUCGUGUCUGAGAUGAUCGCCAACCGUUUGAUGGUCCCCCGUGAAUCAGUGAACGUGCCCGUUACCGGAAUAGGAGGAGCUAAGGUCUAUGUGAGAGACAAGCUGGUUGUCACGAUGCAGUCCAGGUGUUCAAGUUUCUCUACUGACGUUGAAUGCCUUGUGGUACCGAAGGUGACCGGUAUUAUUCCUUCUGUCAAAAUCAACACCUCGUCCUGGCCAAUCCCUGUUGGAGUCCAGCUCGCUGAUCCUACGUUCCACACGCCUAAUAGAAUCGACAUGUUGAUCGGUGCCUCAAAGUUCUUUGCCUUGCUGAAGUCUGGUCAUAUCCAUCUAGCCGACGGUCUUCCCGAACUCCACGAGACUCAUCUGGGUUGGGUCUUCUCAGGAGAACUAGACAACGAAGUUUCCAACACUGUUCUGGCCCAACAUGUGUCGCUUGAUUCGCUUGACGUCGCAGUGCUCCAAGACAACCGAUCCGUAGCUCUUCGUCGUUUCUUGAUGCUCGAAAGGCGGUUUCAGAAGGAUCCAAAUUUGAAACAGCUGUACGUUGCCUUCAUAGCUGAGUAUGAAGCAGUAGGUCAUUGUCAGGAAGUUGAUGAAUCUAAUGACGAUCCUGCCGAAGGACGUUAUUACUCACCGCAUCACGCGAUAUUACGCCCAACCAGUUCGACGACCAAGCUGAGGGUAGUUUUCGAUGCUUCAGCGAAGGGCACCCCGGCAAGCAAAUAUCUGAACGAAGUACUUCAAGUUGGAGGCGUCGUCCAGAGUGACUUGUUGAGUAUUCUUCUUCGAUUCCGGGUCCACCCUGUGGUGUUCACUGCUGAUAUAGCCAAAAUGUAUCGGCAAAUACUGGUAGCUGCAGAACACACACAAUUUCAACGGAUUUUCUGGCGAACCGAACCAAAUCAACGACUUCGAGUUCUUGAGCUGUUAACCGUCACGUAUGGGACGGCAUCCGCGCCAUUUCUGGCCACGAGGUGUUUGGUUCAGCUGUGCAAAGAUGAAGGAAGCCGUUUUCCCAUUGCAGCCAAAAUUAUCACGGAAGAUUGUUACGUGGAUGACGUUCUUUCUGGUGCGGAUAGUGCAGAAGAAGCCGCUGAAGCACAGAGUCAACUGGAAGGUCUUCUCCAACUUGGUGGAUUCCCUAUUCACAAGUGGAGCUCAAACUGUCCGGAGUUGCAGGAGCGAAUCCCUGAGGAAAAUCGAGAAAAGUUGGUACGUCUGGAUUCCACUGCGGACAACGAAGUGAUCAAGACCCUUGGGCUUACCUGGAGUCCGAGCUCGGAUGAGUUUUUAUUUGUCACGAGGUCGAAGUUCCCAGCAGACUCAACUCAAACCUAUACCAAGCGAAAGGUGUUGUCGGAAAUCGGAAGGCUUUUCGAUCCUUUGGGCUUGGUCUCUCCCAUCAUCGUGGUUGCCAAAAUCCUUAUGCAGAAGUUAUGGACCGCUGGUCUGUCUUGGGAUGAGAAACUUGAAGGAGAAUUGCUUCAGUCUUGGUUGAAGUUCCGCGAUGCUCUGCCACAAAUGAGUGAAAUGAAAAUCCCUCGACGUGUUAUUCCAUCCACCGCCGUUGCCAUGGAAAUCCAUGGAUUUUCCGAUGCGUCUAUCUCGGCGUACGGCGCCGUCUUGUACGUACGAAAUGUGUUCCCCGAUGGCAGCGCCGAGUUGCGACUCCUUUGCAGCAAAUCAAAGGUUGCUCCGAUAGCCAAAUUGAGCAUUCCAAGAAAAGAGUUGUUGGCAGCCCAGCUUCUAUCCCGACUGGUUGUGAAGGUGAUUGGAUCGAUGAAAAAUAGAUUUGAUGACGUUGUCCUUUGGUCGGACAGCCAAAUAGUGCUUGCCUGGUUGCGCAAGCCCCUGACCUCUCUCCAAGUGUUCGUAAGAAAUCGUGUCUCGGAAAUCAUUACGAAAACCCAAGAAUACACCUGGAAGUAUGUCUCUACUAAGGAGAAUCCCGCAGAUAUUGUGUCCAGAGGAUCCCUGCCCAGAGCCUUGAUGUGUAAUGAGUUGUGGUGGAAGGGUCCCUCAUUCCUACAAGAAGCAAGGUACGAAAUCGAGCCGCCAAAACAGCUACCAGAUGCGGAGUUGCCUGAAAUGAAAUUGACACCUUUCGUCUCAGCAGCUGUAUACAACGUCGAUGAUCUUCCUGUGUUUACCAAGUUCAGCUCGUUUCGGAAGCUGCAAAGGGUCAUCGCAUAUGUCGAACACUUUAUCUCGAACUGUAGAGUCAAGGAUCCCAAGCUCCGAACCCGUGUGCGCUACCUCACUGUUCCCGAGUUAAGGCGAUCGUUGGAGACCAUCAUCAAGGUUGUGCAACAUGAGGUGCUUGGUGAUGAAAUCAACCGCAUCGAGAACAACGAACCGUGUAAACGAAUUGCCUCCCUGAACCCUGUGUACCAGAACGGAAUCCUGCGAGUAGGAGGCAGAUUGAAGAAUUCGCCCGUAUUGACCAUGACCAAAUACCCGUAA